CGUUACGUCAAUGAACGAGGAUGUAUGCAUAAACUUGCAAUAAUAGGGAAACCGAUGUGUUGUACAAGGUAUUGCAUCAUUACAUGCUGAAUGGCCAUUGGCCUCGACGUUGUUUCUAAUGAUUCAAUGCUUAAGUUCUUUUUCUUGUUCAUUCAUAGCACGUUUUAUGCACUCGCUCUUGUGGCAGGAACGUCAUCGAAUUUAUCAGUCGUGAACAGUGGUUGAUCUUGAAAUUCCUGCUUAAUUACAUUUGACUACUCCCCCAGGCCUAGCAUAACAGUGGCAUAAGUCGCUGACACUGAACAUACGAGUGUCUGACAGGUGAGAAUGAUGACAUUAGCCCUCAGUCUAAAAGUUUCAUCUUGUGGGAAUACGAACUAAACAAUAGGUUUAAUACAGGAUGGAAGAAAAAAAGCUGAAAGUCGCUGAGUGCUUCACAAGGACAAAUUAGUUACACGAAGGAGGAUUCAAUAUCAUUUGAGAUACAAAUGCUCCUUUUUUUCGAGGAGCUUCACUUGUUAUCAUAGAUCGUCUUCCUAUAAUGAUAUCAGUUUCUCCAAUGAUGCUGUCUGAUGGCUGCUUGAAUCUGACUGUGACUUUAGAUCCAACCCAUAAGUAAGGCCAAUAUCUUAUUUGCAGCAUCGCCACGUCGAGAGAUUGCUAAAUACUCUGACCUCCCCCAACUUCUCGACCUGAAAAACGCCUCGCCAGUGAAUAUCAGACGGUAGUAUUACGGUAUCCUGUGCUCCCGUUUUACUCAGAUUUUAUCAAGGGAAGAGAUAUGAACAGCAGUUUGAGCUCAGAGAGCCCAUCAGAGGGUUCCCCCCUUCUUGAAGAUCGUAAUCAUUACGAAGCACCAAGAAACAUCGAAAACGAACAGGCAUCAGAUGGCUAUACUCCCAAAGCACUAUACAGUGACAAGAAGUUGCAUCUCCUGAUCGCAGCUGUCGGAAUUGGUGUAAGGAGUAUCCCCAAAGGCCUUUACACAUGUCACGGGCUUUUGCUCACAAAAUCUUCAAGGUCUACCUCGCUGCCGCCGAUCAACUUUUAACAGUUGCAACUUAUGCCAAGAUUGGUAACGAACUAAAUGCCUUGAACAAUACCAGUUGGAUUGCUACAGCAUACUUCCUAACCUUGACAAGUUCACAACCUCUCUACGGUAAACUGAGCGACAUAUUUGGCCGUAAACCAUGCCUGCUCUUUGCCUACAUUGUCUUUUCUCUGGGCUGUCUGGGUUGUGGUCUUGCCCAGGGUAUGGCCCAACUAUGUGCUGCGCGAGCCGUGGCAGGUAUCGGCGGAGGAGGCAUGAACUCUGUUGUCGCCAUCCUUCUGAGUGAUCUCGUACCGCUCAAGGAUCGUGGUGUGUGGCAAGGCAAGAUCAGCAUUCUUUUCUUCGCUGGGACUGCUACUGGAGCUCCCCUUGGAGGGAUUUUAGCUGAUUCAGUCGGCUGGCGAUGGUCGUUUCUUGGCCAAGUCCCGUUGUGCUUCCUUGCUUUCAUAGCCGUCUAUAUCGUCCUCGAUCUUCCACCUGUUGAACACGAUCACUGGCUUGCCAAGGUCCGCAAGAUUGACUUUCUCGGCGCUUUCACUCUCGUGGCGGCUGUGGUUGCUCUCCUCCUUGGUCUGGAUUCUGGCUCUAACCUCGGGUGGUCACAUAUCAUGACUGUCGUCGCCCUAUCUUCAACUCCAGUUCUGUUUGCCUUUUUUCUUUUGAUCGAAAUCAACGUGGCUUCUCAUCCAUUUGCGCCCGGCCACAUAAUAUUUGAUCGUAGCUUAUUCGCCUGCUAUGGGGUGGGUUUCUUCUCAGGGGCGGGACAGACAUCGACUAUCUUCUUUUUACCUCUCAUCCUUCAAGCUGUUCAGGGCCUAGGUGCUACUCAGAGUGGUUCCUUGCUUGUCCCAGGCAUGAUUGCAGGUGUCGCAGGUUCAAUUCUAGGUGGCUGGAUCAUCAAAAGAACAGAAAAGUUCUACGCCGUAACGUUAUCGGCUUACGCACUCGUCUUCGUUUCAGUCAUUCCCAUGGGAAUGUUCGUCUGGCUCCGUUCAACCGCCGGAGAGACUAUUGGCCUUACUAUUAUGUCAUUCGGAGCCGGUUGUGCUUUUGUGACAACGCUUAUUGGUCUGCUCGCAAAUGCUGCAGCUGAAGACACUGCUGUCGUUGUAGCGUGCUCAUAUCUCUUCCGAUCCCUCGGCGCUAGCAUAGGUAUCAGCACUGGAUCUGCUGUACUUCAGCAAGUUCUUCGAAUACAGUUGGCAGCUCGGCUCCCCCACGGGGAAGAAGCGCGUAAGAUCGAGGAGAAAGUCCGCCAGAGUCUUGACUAUAUCAAAGAACUACCGCCUCAUUUGGCAGAUCAGGUUCGGUCGAGUUACCAAAUCGCAGGGAUUUCAUCACUUGCUUUGAUUUCUAUUUACCUUGUGGUGUCAUUUUUGUUGGCGUUCUGGAUUAAGGAGAAACCUCUGAGGAGAUAGACGAUACUAGAGCUGCAUCGAGCAUACAUCAACUUGCAUCGGGAGUUGAGUUGAAGGGUGAGUCACUUUUAUAGUAUUAGAAAGAAGAAUGGAAUAACAUAAUGGAAAUUGUCACCAUUUCCAUGAAAACUCCCCUCUUCGGUUCACCUUGUGUUAACUCAUCAGCCUAAUGCAAGGUACACCCGUGAACCCCGCACUCAUCGGCCGAUCAUUCUCCACCUCGGGCACUUGUUAAACCAUCUCAAUGAGAUCUCAGAGACAAAGAAUAGGAAUCAGAGGUUUAUUUUCCUUGUGCUUUGACUAGACUGACUAUUGGAGGAUAGCUUUGUCCAUUUAUAUAGUACUCUUCUACUAAAAUCAUUGUGAUUAAAAUGAUUUCCCC